UUUUAUUUGCAAUGGCUUCUGCAUCACAGCCUUGCCAACCUCACUUUCUUUUGAUACCCCUAAUGGCUCAGGGUCAUCUUCUCCCAGCGGUUGACAUAGCCAAACUAUUGGCACAGCGCAACGUAAUAGUUACUAUAGUUACAACACCUCUAAAUGCUGCUCGAUUUAGCAACAUUAUCAAUCGUUCCAUUCAUGCCGGGCUUCUUAUAAAUGUCAUACAAAUUAAAUUUCCGGCGACUCAAGCUGGCUUGCCUGAUGGGUGCGAAAGCGCAGAUGCAGUUCCUUCACUAGACUUGUUCAAGAAUUUCUUCACAGCCAUAAGUAUGUUGCAUGAACCAGUAGAAAAUUUGUUCCACGAGCUAAAACCAAGUCCAAGUUGUAUAAUUUCGGAUAGAAAUAUCGCAUGGACAGCCGAUAUCUCUUCCAAGUUUCAGAUUCCGAGGAUUUUAUUUGAUGGGACAAAUUGCUUUAGUCUCUUGUGCCUCCAUAAUCUAUAUAAAUCCAAGAUCCAUGAGACUGCGUCCGAGUCAGAAUCCCUGGUGAUACCAGGAUUAUCUGACAAAUUUGAAUUUAGAAGAUCUCAGCUACCUGGUCUCUUCAAUCCAGGUUCAAAUAGGGAUUUGAAUAAAUUACGAGAAGAGAUAAAAGCAGCUGAAGCAGGGGCAUACGGGAUCAUAGUUAACAGUUUUGAAGAAUUAGAGACAGAAUUCCUGAAAGGUAAUCGAAGUGCAACAGGACGUAAAGUCUGGUGCGUUGGUCCAGUAUCACUAUGCAACAAAGAAAACUUAGAUAUGGCUCAAAGAGGUAACAGCAAAUCUUCAACCGACGUGAAUCAAUACUUGAAGUGGCUUAAUUCAUGGCCACCAAACUCAGUAAUUUAUGCUUGUCUUGGAAGUCUCAGUAACCUUAGGCCUCCACAAUUAAUUGAACUUGGUUUAGGCUUAGAGGCUACAAAUAGGCCAUUCAUUUGGGUAAUAAGAGGCAUGAGCGCAGAAAUGGCGAAAUGGUUAGAAGAAGAUAGGUUUGAAGAGAGAGUAAAAAGUCGAGGCCUAUUGAUAAGAGGUUGGGCACCUCAGGUUCUGAUUCUGUCACAUCCGUCAAUUGGAGCAUUCUUAACGCAUUGUGGGUGGAACUCAACACUAGAAGGGAUUUGUGCCGGCGUGCCGAUGAUUACAUGGCCUUUGUUUGCUGAACAAUUUUUCAAUGAGAAGUUAGUAGUGCAAGUAUUGAAAAUUGGUGUGCCUGUGGGGGCUGAAGUUGUGGUGCAUUUUGGGGAGGAGGAGAAGUUUGGGGUGCAAGUGAAGGAGGAGAAAAUAAAGGAGGCUGUAGAGAAGGUAAUGAAUGAAGAUAAGAAGGAACCGAGAAGGAAUGAAGCAAGAAAGCUUGCGGAAAUGGCAAAGAAGGCGGUAGAAGAGGGAGGAUCUUCUUACAAUAACAUCACUUUGUUAAUUGAAGAUAUCAUUCAACAACAAUUGAGCAAAAGAGAGAAAGUGACCAUGCUAGAAACUUAAAAUUUUCUAUAAUUUCGUGCUACUUGUUAAAGUUUAAAAUACAUUUGUUUGGUCAUUUCUAUUAACCUUAAGUUUUUGA